ACUACGCAUGCGCGCCGUAUACAAAAUGUCGGGAGGAGCGGAAAGAUAUUUUAGAAGUGGAGCAAGGGAUACCAUCAAUCAUCCUUCCUGCUCAGACUGUGGGGAGGAAUUCACUUGGUUAUUUGACCAAAUAGCAAACCUGUCAUUUUACACAGGAGAAAGGACAUUCACCUGCUCAGACAGUGGGAAUGGAUUCACUCAGUCAUCUCAACUGAAGGUACAUCAGCAAGUUCACACUGGACAAGGCCAUUUUCCUGUUUUGUGUGUAAUAAAGAAUUCAGUUGGUUUUCCCACCUGUGGACACACCAGUCAGUUCACACCACACCGAGCAGAUGCUGUUCAUCUGCUGAAUUUAUGGGAAAGUAUUCACUCGGUCAUCUGACCUAAUGGCUCACCAGCGAGUUCACACCAAGGAGCGGCUGUUCACCUGCUCCAUCUGUGAGAAGAGAUUCAGUAACUCUUCAACCCUAUGGAAACACCAGCGAAUUCACAAUGGGGAGAAGCCGUUCCCCUGCGCAGUCUGUGGGAAGAGAUUCAUUGACUCAUCCAGCCGACAGAAACAUCAGCGAGUUCACACUGGGGAGAAGCCGUUCACCUGCUCAGAAUGUGGGAAACGAUUCACUCAGUCAUCCCACCUUCAGAGUCAUCAGCGAGUUCACACUGGGAAGAAGCCAUUCACCUGCUCAGAAUGUGGGAAACGAUUCACUCGGUCAUUCUACCUACUUGAACACCUGCGAGUUCACACUGGGGAGAGGCCAUUCACCUGCUCAGACUGUGGGAAGGGAUUCACUCAGUCAUCUCACCUACAGAGACAUCAGCGAGUUCAUACUGGGGAGAAGCCGUUCACCUGCUCAGUCUGUGGGAAGAGAUUCACUCAGUCAUCUCGUUUGCAGAGACAUGAGCGAGUUCACACUGGGGAGAAGCCAUCCACCUGCUCAGUCUGUGGGAAGAGAUUCAUUUAUUUAUCCCACCUGCAGAUACAUCAGCGAGUCCACAGUGGAGAGAAGCCGUUCACUUGCUCAGUCUGUGGGAAGGGAUUCACUCGGUCAUCCACCCUACAGAGUCAUCAGCGAGUUCACACUGGGGAGAAGCCAUUCACCUGCUCAGAAUGUGGGAAGAGAUUCACUCAGUCAUCCACUCUACAGAGACAUCAGCGAGUUCACACUGGGGAGAAGCCAUUCAGCUGCUCAGAAUGUGGGAAAGGAUACACUCAGUCAUCCGAACUACUGGCACACCAGUCAGUUCACAAUGGGGAGGAGCCGUUGUUAUGAAUCCCUAAGUUUUGUUUGUUGUGGACUGUCAUUUUAAGUGAGAGGGAUUGAUUAUAAGGCGUAUCAGUCUGACUUGCAGCUUGUUUAGUUUUCUUUCUUUGUCAAUCUUUUUAUUAAGUUUUUCAAAAGCAAUUCAUAAUGUUCUUAGUAGUACAAAGGGAGUGGGAUUACAUUGUUGGCAAUUAACAUAUGUUAAAAAAUAUAUAAAUAGCACCAAUAUAAUUGACUUCCCAUACCCCUAAUAUAACCAAAAUAGAAAAAAAAGGAAAAAAAAACCAAAUUGAAAUCAAACAAAAACUAAACUGAACCAAACUGAAACUAAACUAAGCUGGUCUAGUCAAUUAUGUCAAAUAAAAUCAUUAAUGUCGUCAACUCCGCUCCUCUACUCAAAUCAAUGGAUAAAGUAAAGGAAUCAGAAGAAAUCAAAUGACAUUCUAUGGAAGUGUUGAAUAAAAGGCCUCCAAGUUUCUUCAAAUUUAACCGAGGGGUCAAAUGUACCACUUCUAUUUUUUUUCUAAAUUUAAACAAGAUAUUGUUUGAGAAAACCACUGAGCUGUAAUUGGAGGAUUUGUCUCUUUCCAGUUCAAUAAAGUAGGUCUUCUAGCCAUUAAGAUAGCAAAUGCAAUCAUCCGCCAAGCUGCAGAGGACAAAUCAAUCCAAAAAUUGCAGUAAUAGGAUGAGGUUGUAAAUCUACGUGUAAAAUUGUAGAGAAUAUAUCAACAAUAUUUUUUCAUAAUUGUUCCAAUACAGAGCAAGGCCAAAACAUACGAGUUAGAGAAGCUACCUCAGAACGACAUCUAUCCCAGAUCUGAUUUAUAUAAGAAUAAAAUUGUGCUAAUUUAUCCUCAGAUAUAUGUGCCCUAUGUACCACUUUAAAUUGAAUCAACAUCUGUUUGGCACAAAUAGAAGAAAACCUAAUUAAUUGCAAAAAUGUUUUCCCCAUUUCUUUGUAGGUACAGAGAGUUGAAUGUCCUUCCCCCAUUCAUUUUUAAUUUUAUCGGAUAUAUCUGGCUGUAUUUUCAUAAUCAUAAAUAUAAUUUGCCCAAAUCCAAUAUUUUUUAGAUAUCGGCAAAUUAUAUUUAUUAGACUACUGCUCAAAAGACAUGAAACAGUUAUCCAAAAUUAAAUCACGAAAAAAUAUUAUACCCUUCAUUUUCCAAGCCAUAAAGGUUUGAUCCAUGACAGAGGGUUAAAAGAAAUAAUUAGAUAUAAUAGGAUUUGAUAAUAUAAAUUAAUUCAAGCCAAGGAAUUUACGGAACUGAAACUGAAACCAUAUUCAGAAUGUAUGUUUAAUUAUCUGGUUUACCAUUUGUUUAUUCAAUUUAGAGAGAAACAAGGGAAGUGAGCUCCCUAAGAUGGAAGCCAAUGAAAUCCUUGUGCCGAAUUGCGUUCAAGAUUAACCCAAUGAAGACCAACAUUCAAAUCCACUACUUAUGUACAGAAUAUUAAGUAUUGAAUAUUAAUUGCCCAGUAAUAAAAUCUUAAAUUUGGCGCUGCCAAGCCA